AGAUGGCCGCGGUUUCAACAUUACGCCCUUCUAGAGAGCGCAUUGCGCAACUGACCGCCACCUAUGCGCACCAUAGACCGGCUAUUCAGCGGGCUCUGAACGUCAGUUUCAUCCUAUACACACUUAACUGGUCGUUUCGCGGUGUAUCUGGAAAGUCAGUCUCCCCGCAAUCGCGCAAGUCGGCAAAAGGGAAGGCCAAAGCGGAUGAGAAGCCAGGAAAGAGCGCAAGAGUAGCGGUAGACGCCGUAUUUUAUGAACGGUUAUCCAGGAUCCUGAGGAUAUGUAUCCCCGGAUUCCGCUCAAAGGAAGCUCUGUUAUUAUUUUACCACUCCAGUCUGUUGAUAUUCCGGACUGCGAUCUCGUUGUACGUUGCGGCACUCGACGGGAAGAUUGUGGCAUCCCUCGUAAGGGCGCAAACUCUUCCCUUUCUCUUCAACAUAUUACGAUGGCUUCUUGUCGCAAUACCUGCUACGGCAUGCAACAGCCUGCUCAGUUAUAUCCAGAACAAACUCGCAAUCGCAUAUAGGACACGUCUGACCCGCGAAGUCAUGAAGCAAUAUUUGGGUGAUGACAACGACCAGAGCAUGGUUUAUUACAAGAUGUCGAACCUCGACGAUCGAAUACAAAACCCAGACCAGAUGAUCACAGUGGACAUUCAGCGCUUCUCAACACAUCUAGCAGCGAUAUAUGCCAAUCUGGCGAAGCCGGUCCUGGACGUCGUUUUGUACAACUAUCAGCUUUCACAAAAUGUUGGUGCGGAAGGCCUUGUGCUCCUCACGGGCUUAGUGCAGGCAUCAGCGGCUCUUUUACGUGCAUUGACGCCGCCAUUUGGGAAGUACGCUGCCGAAGAAGCUCAACUGACCGGUCAGCUACGCCACUCGCAUUCACGGCUCGCAGAGUUCUCCGAGGAGAUUGCGUUCUUCGGAGGUGAAGAAACGGAGAAAAUGCUAAUUGAGCGUGAUUAUUUUGGGCUUGUGAAGCAUGUCAAUCGAGUCCUCAGGAUCAAAGUAUGGCAUGGUAUUGCGGAGGAAGGAAUUAUCAAGUGGCUAUGGGGAUCCUUCGGACUCUGCAUUUGUGCCAUUCCCAUAUUCUUUAAGAUUCCAGGUAUGGAGAAUCUUGAUCUCGGCAGUAGGACAGAAGGUUUUGUGACAAACCGACGCCUCUUAUUAUCAUCGUCGGAUGCCUUCGGACGCGUUAUGUACUCGUACAAGGACUUGUCCGAGCUCGCUGGCUACACUGCACGCGUUUCGGAACUCCUUGACACUAUGUCUGAUAUCAGGCAAGGAAAGUUUGAGAAGGAGCUCGUCAGUAGUGCUAAAGAUGGCGAGAAUGCCAAACUUCUCAAAAGCCGUGGUAGGAUUAUUGAUUCGGACGAUAUUGUGUUCGAGAACGUGCCCAUUGUAACACCAAAUGGCGAUGUAUUAGUUAGGAGCUUGAGUUUCUACGUAAAGCAUGGGGGGCACCUUUUGAUCGUUGGACCCAAUGGUUGCGGAAAGUCAUCGCUAUUCAGGAUUUUGGGUGGUCUCUGGCCAGUGUACGGCGGAACUGUCCGUAAACCUCCAGCGUCCGAGUUCGUCCUUAUCCCUCAGAGACCGUACCUCUCGCUCGGCACGUUGCGAGAUCAGGUCAUCUAUCCACACUCGCAGGAAGAUAUGCUAAAUCGUGGUUUUGCGGAUGAGGAUCUCAUGGAAAUUCUUGCCGUUGUCCAGAUGGAUCAUAUCGUCGAACGCGAAGGCGGUUGGAAUGCUGCGCGCGAUUGGCGCGAUGCUCUUAGUGGAGGCGAUCAACAAAAAAUAGCAUGGGCCAGGCUUUUCUACCACAGGCCUAAGUUUGCGAUUCUAGACGAAGCCACUUCACUCGUUCCGCUCGACAUAGAAACUAGAAUGAUGGAGAAUGCGACGCGGCUAGGCAUCACACUAUUGACUGUCUCCCAUCGUCCCUCUCUGUGGAAGUAUCACUCGAUGAUUCUACAUUAUGACGGUCAGGGUGGAUAUGUAUUCACAAAGCUUGACGCAGAGAAGCGGUUAGCUCUCCAGGACGAGAGACAGGCUUUGGAGGCGAAGCUCUUAGAAGUGCCAAAGAUGAGGGCACGUCUUACAGAACUACGUUCAGUAGCGGAUUCAGCGGAUGGGGCAUUAUAG